UUACGACACUUCGCCGAAAGGUUAUACUCCUCGGUAUUGCUGCAAAUGUGAGGAAUAUUUUUUAAAGUUUUGUUCUAUUGUGCAAGUGCUUAUCGAUAAAGGAAAAAUAAUCCUUUGUACAAUGGAAAACAAUACAAGUAGUGAUAUUGAUAUGUCAAAGCUUGGACCAUCAGCCAAAGGCCUGUUGACAACGUUUGAAAACGCCAAUGCAAGCCUAAUGGCAUCGGCCUUAGUGUCCUCGAUUCAAUUUGUAACCGCUGCGAAAGAUGUGGCCGAAGCAACGCGACACAGUGACUGUGAAGUGCAAAGUCGACCAGAAGCUUAUUUUAGUCGUAGCCCUAUGCAGGACCUUUCCGACGAUGAUAUGUCGGACUUUUCCUCCAACGAAAGUGAUGGGCUAGAGGAGCUAGAUCUGAAAAAUUCCGGCCAUGGACCCAGUGCUGAAGAAGAGACUAGUGGUUCGAAUCCUGACGGCUGUGGAUCACUUGAAGCAUCCAUGCCGGUGCUUAAUCUAACCGGCACUAAGCUGGGAAUCGGAAGCAGUAGCAUUAAUGGGUCCGGUGCCGUCGUCAGAAAAAUGUUCACCAAUACAAGAGAGCGCUGGCGUCAGCAGAACGUAUCGGGUGCAUUCGCUGAGCUGCGGAAGCUUGUACCGACGCAUCCGCCGGACAAGAAGCUAUCAAAAAAUGAAAUACUUCGCAUGGCCAUCCGAUACAUACGGCUGCUUACGAAUGUGCUCGAGUGGCAGAAGAAGCAAGAAGCAAACGAUCUUCGCACUCCGUUGAAGCAACGAAGCUCACAACAGUCUCAGCAGCUUCUAUCGAUCUCACAAACGACCGGGCAUACAAUACAACAACAGCAUUCUAACAACGAGAACCAUUUCACCGGCAACUAUAGAGAAAAUGGCAACAAUCUGUUAAUGAUCGUGUCGCCUAAAUCCUUUGCCAAAUCUACCAACUCCAGUAACCGCACCGUUAAGCUGGAAUCGAAAAUGGAACAAUGCGUUGAGAUAGAGAAGAUCAAGUUGGUUAGCAAACUGUGCCCGCCGGGUAAAAUGGCCAAGCCUGGUCCUGGUGCAUCGAGCGGUAGUGCAAAAAAUCGACGUAAAACCAUGGGCAGCACAGUACAUAUGCGGUCCGGUUUGCAUAUCAAAACGGAUCUGAUGGCGCUCGCUCAACCGUAUGGCACAGUACCCACUAUGAUGGAGACUGAAAUUAAACGUGAACUAACGCACCACAGUCAAAUGGCUCUGCUCGAUGGAGCCGGACAUAGUCGGGAUUAUUUAAACAGUGAUGGAAACGGGCAGAAAAAAAACACCGAAAAGGGAUUGGAAAAGCAAAAGUAACUCACACUACAAUCAAGGACAUGGAUCGAAAUGAUUGAUUGAAUUUUAACAUUAACAUCGUAGAACGUGCAUUAUCAGAGCGAAUUCGAGUUGGUGUUUUGCAUUUUAAUAAAAAAAAAACUUCAUUCGUAGACGACGGGCUUGUGCUAAAAAUCUAAUUUAUGUCUAUUUGUACCACUUUGCUUCUUUCGCUGUAUGCUUGAUACGUUAAAUGUAAGUUUUCAAGCAGGUGAUGUCGAUAUGUGUAUCGUGAAAAUGUGAUAUAAUGAAAAACACUUUUUACAAUGUGCUUCUUUAUGAGCAUAAAGAGCGUUAAAGUGUAGUUUUCACAGGCAAUUAAGAUGAUAAAUAUAUAUGAACAGUCCCUUUCAAAAGUUUUUGUCUCACUUUUUGAAAAUCUUUUUUUAUUUCUUUUAUAAACUAACUCGAGCUCCAACUCGAGUUGUAUUGUAUGUUUCAAUGAUAUUAAAGUAUGUUAGCGUGUAUAACGACCCUUUUUUAGGUAAAAAAAUACCAACAUGAUAUUAAGGGGGUCAUUAUUAAGGAGAUAGUAACCUUUAGCUUAGUCGAUCUCGUGGUACAGUCGUAAGCUCAAAGGACUUAACAACAUGCCCUUCAUGAGUUCAAGUCCCGAAUGGACCGUGCCGCCAUACGUAGUACUGAUUAUCCUGCUAUAGGAGGAAUCAAUAGGUCACUGAAAGCCAAGCCCACAAGUAGUGGUACAGGCAGGCCUUGACCGAUAACGGUUGUUGAGCCAAAAAGAAGAAAAAGAAGAACUUUUAGAUUACAUCUGAGAAAUGACAUCAUGUAAUCGACGUAAAUAGUCGGUGGUGGUAUAGUGGUAAUAGUGGUGCAUGGGUAUCCACAAAGAUAAUGACUGCAAUGAGUGUUGCCAAUGCAAUAGGAAAAACAAAGAGGUUUACAAACUGAGGAAAUAAUUGAUCCAACUGAAUCUCCAAAUUGGUUAUUCAAAUUCAUAAAAAAGAAUCGCUUUACUAUGUGGUUAAAACUAAACUUGUUUAGGAAAUACCAAAAGAAUAUGAAGGUAAAGUAAUUGCCUGCCAUUCGCUUGUACUACAGGCACGAAACAGAUUUAUCUGAAUCAAUUUGGUGACAUAAACAAGUUUUUUUUGUUUUUAUCGUUAAACGUAAGAAAUCCUUUUUCUGAAAAUUUGAGUUAUUUAUUAGAGAAGUCGUUAUACACGCUAAAAUACGGUACUGCUCCUUAUUGGCGUAAUAAACUAGCUUAUUGACUUAUUGAGUACCACGCAGCCGAAUGGUCAAAACAGCAAGUUAUUAUGUCAAUCACGGGCAUGUCAUAAACAUAAUAACUUAAUGCUAUUACUAAAAAUGUUAUUAUUCCAGUGCAAUUGCAGUAUUACUAAAGUAUAAGUAGGUGAUGGCCUCACUGGCAAUUUAAAAUGGUUGAGUGUACUAUAAUGUACUAUUCAUAAUAACUUGACACAAUUUGUGGUACUGGCAAUAUUUAAUUAAUAACGAUUUUUUGCUGUAAUUAAAAUUGCACCUAUUGACUAUGCGACUGAAUAUUUCGUGAAGGCGGACGAAAACAAUGUUUCAAAUUGAUUUCAACUUAUACGCAGGUUUAAUUUUAUGUUAAUGCAUGUUAAGAAAUGCAAUUAAAAACAAACAAAUGCUAUCGUUCCUCACUAUCCCGUGCGGCUGGCAGGUCUUUUGAAAGGGGUCGAAACCUCCUUACGCACAACUCAUUGUUCUAAUAUUUUUCAGUUUCAUGAGGCAAAACUUGACCUUCUAGGAUUGUUGCCAAAUAAAAAGAUUAAUGAAAAAUCACUUAAAUUAUGUGUGCUGUGACCAGUAUCAGUAAACUGAGGAGCUGUCUAUUAAAAAACACACACAAGAGUUCUUUUUCAUCUCUUUUUAACCACCAAUGAGAUCCAUGUCCACACACGUGCAUGAAGGUAAUAGCGGUAAAAAUCAUAAAUUGUAGAUCAAACCCCUCUCCAAAAUAACCAAAAUGCCGAGAUAAAGACUUACUAUUGCCAUCGUUCUCUAAUCCAUUUUCCCAAUGAUAUCACAUGAACGGGCUACACUUUAUUUGUACAAAAUUCUCGAUUUAAAUUCAUUACACCAGUCUCAUUUGGACGAUGGCACGUGUUUGACACAUCGUUUUGCGUUGAGGUGACAAAUAAGCCAACGUGACGAGUGAAAACUACGCUGAGAAUCUGGUUCGGUGUAGAUAAGAGAAUAUGCUCUCCUCCCCCUGGUAUGACUUUCUGUUCGCUCGAGGGAAAACGGAACCUCGUGCCCACCAACAUUGAGCAAAACAUCCGAGGCACUUUAUGCCGUCGACAGUCCCACAAUUACUUUUAAAUGAUGCUCUUCUUCCUUCGCCACACGCCAAUCCCGGACACGUGUCAUCAUCACCUAGCGCAUGGUUAUCGAUGGCACGAGUGGCUAAUAGGAUAAAGAUUAGUGUGUUUAGUUUAUUUUAUUGAUUAGUGCAAAUCACAAUUUAAUAUAGGGUAGAUAGUUUCAUCUAAACGAACUCGUAGAAGCUUAGGCUAGGCCAUGGAAAUGGGCUGAGAAUUUUCAACUCCCCUUGUACUAUCCAUUAUCCUUUGCAAACCACGCCCACUAAAGAAAGUAAAACGAAAGCAAAGUAUUUUUUGCACUGCAAAGUUUUGAAAUUAAACGUAGAAAAAGAUUACGUUGUACUGGUAUUCAGAUUGAAAAGAGGUUCGAUUUAGCAACAAAAAGUGUAGAGAAAGGUGUGAAAAUUGUUUCGCGAUAAGCACCAUAGCUGACAGCCAAGGAUAAGUGCAUUUAAUCCUUUAAACACAACAACCCUUGUUCGGCCUUUAUCGGUUGUUUGUCAACCAUUUUAAUCAGAUUUUGAACUAGAAAGGUGAAUUUCAAUCAACAAAAAUAGAAGAGAUGUUAGUCAUUUUAGUUUUAUGGGCAUCAGUUCAUUGAUUACAAUAAAUAUAUUUUAAAUUUGUAAACUCACAGAAAACUUUUUUUUUGUAAAUCCAAAACGUAUCAAUAAGUAUUGUCAGCAGUAUUUGCUUUAAAAUGUUCGUACUUUUCAUGUGAAUUUUAUACGAAUUUUGAUAUUUGUAUCAUUAAAUUAAUAUGUAUGAUUUUCACACACAAUCCAUCUCAUGCAAGGCAGAUAUAGAACAAUCUAGAACGGCAUUAGAAAAGAUAAUAAAAAAAAUAAAUAAAGAUAAUAACUAAGUCUUGCAUUUGAGAAUUUGGCUGUAAUAACAUUAAUAUGUUUGUAGCACCUCCGCAGAACCAUAAACUUUGAUUUUGAGUUUUGGAGUGUCAUCUUCUCCAAGCUUUUUGGUACAGUGGAUCGUAAUUGUAUAAACAUAUAAGAAUUAUAACGUAUCAAAUACAGUUUAGAGGUUCAAAGCAUCAAUAAGUCCAAUCUACUAUUAUGAAUAUGAGCUUCAUUGCUGACCGGUGUUUGGAGCGACCCGAUCGUAUUGCUGAUGAAAUGAAAUUUACUAGACUAAUUAGUACCUCGCAACCAGAUAGUCAAUGAAGCUAUUGGCGAACGUCGAUGGUAAAUUUAUUGCUAGUAGACAGUUCUACUACAACACACAUAUUUUUUGACAGUCACAUGAUAUAAUCUAGCCGUGUGAGCCAAAAACAUAAGCAAUGAGCCGAGUGUAAUUGAUUUUUUGGAUAUAAUUUUCUAUGGAUAUAAAUUGCCAUAUAUUUCCAAUAACUAAGGCUUUGGAUUGAUAGCAAGAAUGUUUCGAUAACACAUAUUUGUAGUAAAAUGUACAAAAAGACCCUGGUGGGAUACUCACCCAUAUAAUAUACUUCAUUCAUACGAUAGUCCGUUGAAUAAAAUUAA